AUAUUCCUUUAAAAAUAAAUACAAAAGCGAGAAAGAUAGUAGGAUGAGAGAGUAGGGCAAGAGACGAGUCUUAAAACUCCUCUGAACAGCACUGAGAGUUUGUCAUUCUUCUACCCUCACCAAAGGAAUGAUCUUCUCCUCCUCCCUGCAUCUCUCUUUUAGCCUCUCAUGGCAGGUCUGUGGAGACGACUGGAGAUAAACUGAAACAGAGGAGGAACUAAAUGAACAAGAUUCUACCAAGGACCCAACAUCAUCAGAAUAAAGUAGAAAGCUUGUGUUUCUACACAGCUUACCAAUAAGAUCCACAGGAAUGGCAAUGUUCUGAGUGAUCCACUCAAACCACUCACUAAGAACAGCAAAGUCCACCUCGGGCAUCUUCCCACUGCAGAGAGCAAAAUAUUGUGAAGUACAUCAAAUUAACUAGAUUGGGCACAAAUGAGAACCAGAUAUAAGGUGGUGUAAAAUAUACCAUGUGCAUUACCUUCUGUAAAGAUUUUCCACAAAGAUGUACUUGGCACUGUAGAUGGACCUUUCCAUCAUUCUCAUUGGGGCGGACUGGAAUCAACAAACACAAAACAGACCAUGUUAAUUAUGCAAUGUAAAAUCAAAGUCGUCGUACUUGGCGAAAGAGAAAUCUGUACUAUUGAUAGAAAACAUGCAACAGUAGUGAAACGGUAGGAUAUCAGUGCAACCUGUUCUGUGCAAUGUUUUAGAGUGCCUACUAUUGUUGAGAGGUGUCGGUCCAGCAUGGUUAGCUGAAUAUAGGUCUGUAGAGUGAUGCCCCAUCGAGUAGGGUCCUGGUACAUUAACCCCUGCAGGAUGGGAGUAGAUCUAACAUCAGCAUAAAAUAUGUCAUUUUCUAAAUGAACCAUCUUCUAUAGAAUGGUCACGUACCAGGGGGUUGUGCCCUUGAACAUUCCUCCAUUUGGAAACUGGCUCAGUCAGCACCUGAGAAUUCAAAACUAAAAUUGUGAUUUCAUUUGACCUUUUGUUUUACACACAGUGCAGCACAAGGGAUGAAAGGAAAAUUAAGGAAUGCAAAAUGUUGAACAAGCGUGUUCCAUGUUUUUUUUGUAUUUUUUUUACCUCAAUGUUACUGGUUUUGCUGAAAUACUCCAGGCAUGUUGUCUUCCCACUAGCAAUAUUCCCCUCUAUACAGAUCUAAAGAAAAAUAACAAGAUACAUUGUGUUGACUUCUCCCUCAGGUAUAUAGGCUUCAAAUGUCUUAGUAUCAAUUUCAAAGAUUUUCAAGGAUUUAAAAUGACAGUGUACCAGUACAUACCACUAACUUAUUCUUCUCCCCAUUCCGCACCAGCUUUCCUUGGGAGGAGUAAGACUGCAUUGUGAUCUAAGCUGAAACCAAGAAGUCAGGUUAAGUCAGUACCUAUGGUCAAGGCAAACAGAGAAGGGUGUUAAUAUGGGUGAUGUAUGCUUGGGCGAUAGCAUUCUGCCCUGGUUUGGUUAGAGCAAAUUGAUGAGCAAGUAACCUCACUGAAAGUAGUGGUAGAUAAUAGCAGUGCUAAUGGAUGAGUCUGACAGGAAUGGCCAUGUCUAAUUAGCAAUUAUUUUACAUUUGCAUCAAAUGUAUUGGUGGUAGCUGAAGUGAGCUCAAAGUACAAGUGUAUUGUUUCUAAACAUUUUCUGUCACAUUGUAUUGUAAACUUGGCAAUUCAAAAUGUAACAGUAUGAGCAGGCUGUGGUUAAUAUGUUCUGUUGUUCUGACGCAACAUUGUAACUCACAUCAUUUGUAACAUGACAUUGUCACAUUAGUCUACAGGGUGUUUCAUUGUAUCACUCUGUACCGAAACAAUGAUUCAGACCAGCGAAUAAAUAAACCUUGUGCAAGGGCACCUACUUGAGACGAGCUGUGUGUUGUUACUAUGGCCUCUCGUCUGGCAGAGCUCACCGCGCGCAUCACCAAAUAUUUUGCAGGGAAUAGCCACUAAUCGCGCUGACCUCACAGCAGUGUGGGAAUAUAGUCGUGUAGCAGAUCUCCACAAAUUGUUAAUACAAAUAGAUGCAAAGGAAAUCUCGCAUAAUUAUCUGAAUCACACACAGCGCUCGACCGUGAAUUGGCACUCCAGUUCCGUGUGUCAAAUAACCUCUUCCUGGUUCAUGAUAUGGAUAUGUAGUUUUUUUCUAUUGGUUGAAGCGCUUUAUUUGUUCUGAGACCUGCAUUCCCUCCACCAACUGCCAUCACCAUUGAGGGCAAAGGGGCUCGUGUAUAGGAAACACAGACUCUUGAGCUGGUUCUUUUGAAACGUAACAUGACAGGCGACUGUUCCAAAACAACCAGUAACAUACCUUCAUUACCCAUGGAGGUUGAUACUGCUUUUCUCAGAUCCUUGAGGGUUGUCCUUAAAUUAGCAGAGAUGGGGACUAUGUUUGUAGCAUGUGUGUGUUUUGCUGUAGCAUCCAGGCCCAAAUACAUUGCAGCUACAUGCAUGGAGUUUGUGAUCACAUUCUCCCUGCUUCUGCUGUACACACUGAAGUUGAACAAGAAGCUGACUCUGUUCUUCUGGCCUCUCGUUGAUUUGUUAAACUCACUGUUUGCAGCAGUCUUCAUACUUAUCCCGAGUCUGAUAGCAGUGUCCACUUACACAGUGACAGGGACCCUGGGUGGAGGGAUAGUGGGUUUCAUAGCAACAGGCCUGUGGGGUGUGGAUGGUUGCAUGCUUUUCAAGAGGGUCACAUUCAAUCAACCAAGAACAGCAGCAACUGGCACUGUGAAGUGAAGACACCACAAUUGUCUCUUCAGAUGCUCCUCUGUCCAGUGUCUGUGUUCUUUCGCCCAUCUUAAUUUUUUUUGUGCACCGGGGCCUCCCACCCCUCUUUCUACUCUGGUUAGAGCCAGUUUGCGCUGUUCUGUGAAGGGAGUAGUACACAUCUUCAGUUUCUUGGCAAUUUAUCGCAUGGAAUAGGCUUCAUUUCUCAGAACAAGAAUAGACUGACGAGUUUCAGAAGAAAGUUAUUUGUUUCUGGCCAUUUUGAGCCUGUAAUCGAACUCACAAAUGCUGAUGCUCCAGAUACUUAACUAGUCUAAAGAAGGCCAGUUUUAUUGCUUCUUUAAUCAGGACAACAGUUUUCAGCUGUGCUAACAUAAUUGCAAAAGUGUUUUCUAAUGAUCAAUUAGCCUUUUAAAAUUAUAAACUAACACAACAUGCCAUUGGAACACAGGAGUGAUGGUUGCUGAUAAUGGGCCCCUGUACGUCUUUGUAGAUAUUCCAUUAAAAAUCAGCCGUUUCCAGCUACAAUAGACAUUUACAACAUUAAAGGAUAUGGGGCUGGAUAAAUGUAACCACUCUCAAAUUCAUAGACAGAGCUAUGUAUGCAAGGACUGACCAUCAAUGAUAUCAACAUUGUAGUUUUAACCAUGUUUCGAGGCUAUAUAGUGUUUGUUUACACUUAAUUUGUUUACAAUUAUUGGAGUAAAACAAGCUUAUAUUUUGUGUUCUGAUGGGGUAUGGCAGUAGAACUAAGCUCAAGGCAUUUAUAUGAGUACAUAUAUCAUUAAUUUCUAAAUCCAAAAAUUGAUGUAUCAACUGUAGAUUGCCCAUUUGUUUGUAUAGCCUAAUUAAUGCAAUAACACAAUUAUCAUGUAUAAAAAAAUAAACACACCUUUGAAACCUA